AUGGCGGAUCUUAAGCAUCUCGAAUCUCUGUCUUAUACGGACUCGCAGAUCCGGGAUCAAGUUGGACAGCUCUUUAUCGUCGGAUUUCAUGGCCUGGUUCCUAGCAAGGAUAUUAUCAAGCUUAUCCAAGAUUACAAAGUUGGGGCAGUGGUUCUCUUCCAACGGAAUGUUGAAAGCGCUUCUCAGCUUUUAGAACUCACGAGAUCUCUUCAGAAAAUCGCAAGAGAGGCCGGGUACUCUAGAGACCUGUUUAUUGCUAUCGAUCAAGAAAAUGGACUUGUUACCCGUAUAAAAGCUCCUAUUGCAGCUCAAUUUCCUGGGCCAAUGGCUCUUGGAGCUACCAAAGAUGCCUCCAAUGCAUACGAGAUUGCUUACGCGACGGCCGAAAUGCUAAAGAGCUUUGGUAUCAAUAUGAACUACGCUCCCAUUGCUGAUAUCAAUUCGGAACCAAAGAAUCCUGUCAUCGGAGUACGAUCUCCUUCCGAUAACCCUGAGAUUGUAGGGAAGUACGUCUCGGAGCAAGUCCACGGCUUCACAGAAGGUGGGGUUGCCUCUUGUAUAAAGCAUUUCCCGGGGCAUGGCGACACGUCCGUUGACUCACACUACGAUUUACCGGUGAUUUCCAAAUCAAUGGCCCAAAUGAACGCAUGUGAGCUGGUCCCUUUCAGAAGAGCCGUGGUUGAAGGAGCUGGAGCGGUGAUGACUGCGCACAUCAGAAUGAAGGGGAUUGGGGAAUUAGCUGCAACUGCAGAGGAUUAUGAAUACAAACAUCUUCCUGCUAGCCUCAAUCCGCUCGCAAUCAAUAUACUGCGGAAAGAAUUAGCCUUUAAGGGCCUGAUUGUUAGCGACUGCUUGGAAAUGGAAGGAGUGAGGGGUCCCUACGGAACAGAACAGGCAGCCGUUAUGGCUCUAAAGGCUGGAACCGAUUGCGUGAUGAUAUGCCAUACAAUGUCUGCGCAGGUUGGAGCUAUCGAGUCCGUUGCGAAAGCCAUCAAAACAAAAGCUCUGUCCUGGACAGCUAUUGAGAGAUCCGUAAACAGAGUCCAUGAUCUCAAAUCGAAGUUUGUACCCUCCAACAGACUGCCACUGCCCAAUUCCACUCUGAGCAGGUUCGAACUGCAGAACAAUUUGUCAAACCGCAGACGCGAACUUCUCGCGCGUGAUAUAUACGCAAAGAGUACGACAGUCGUACGAUGUUCAGCAGACAUACUCCCGCUACCCCGAAAUGGCGCGACUAAGAUCGUAUUUGUGAACCCUAGGAAAGCUGCUGCGGGUAGUGGAGCAGUUGAGAGCGGAGAAGAGAAAACGAGAACUCCAUAUCCACCGGUUGAGUAUAUCAAUAUCCUUCAAGCCCAGAACCAAUCUAUCAAAAACGUACAAUUUCAUGAGGGGACUUCGAUUUCCGAGGUAGAGAAUCAGCUCGAUGAUGCAGACAUUGCAAUCCUCGCUACCCGGAAUGCGUGGCUCACCCCAGCUCAAAAGUCUUUAGGGUUAGCGCUGGGGAAGAAGUUCGGAAAGAAGUUGAUUGUCAUUGCUACCUGCGAGCCAUAUGAUUUUCUUGAUGAGGUUGAAGAGAUACAAAACUACAUCGCAAUUUACGAACCGACCAUUCCUGCUUUCCAAUCGGCCGUCAAUGUAAUAUUUGGGAUCACUACACCCUAUGGUUCUCUUCCCGUUGGACCUAACUCCAACCCGUCAGUCCGGCUUGUGCACCUCACCUCUACUAAAGAAGUGGAUGGGCUGGAUAGCGAUAAGAUAUACUCUCUCUGGCAAGAUAUUUUCCCAUCAUGGCCUAUUGAGCGCGAACUCUUCAGAAACAUUCUUCUCAGAACGAACGGAUUCCAUUACAUCCACUCCAAAGGCUUUUGUCUUUCAUUCCUCACGGAUGGAAACCAAGGGACGAUAGCUGCGAUGGGAGUACUUCCGAAAUUCCGAGGGAAAGGGAUCGGUACGGCUCUUCUUACAGCGGCUCACCAGCGGCUGAUAUUGGAAUCUUCUACUUCUGGCGGCUUAAAAUCGUUUGGUCUCGGGUCUGUGUUUCCGAGGUUUUGGCCCGGUGUUCCUGUUAAUGUUACUCAAGAAGAUAAAGACUUUUUCAUCAAUCGAGCUUCAUCCUUCCUGGGAACCAGAAGCUAA